AUGCCUUCGCUGCAGUCCUUGGUCAAGGCUCUCCCAGCCCUGUCGGCUACGGCUUUGGCUGGCGCGAGUCUGCCAGCCAAGCCGGCCGAUCUAUCCACGCCCAUGCAAGUGCGUAUCGCUGUCAGUGGCGCAAAUAGCAUCUCUGUCGGAUGGAACACGUACCAGCAGUCGGCGAAUGCCUGUGUGAGCUAUGGCGCCUCGGCGAACUCUCUUACACAGAAAUCUUGCUCAACAAAGUCCGAUACCUACCCGACGUCGCGCACCUGGUUCCAGACAGUUUACUUGAACAACUUGGCCCCUGCCACCAAGUACUAUUACAAGAUUGAGUCGACAAAUUCUACCGUGGAGCAGUUCCUCUCCCCACGCACUGCUGGUGACAAGACGCCCUUCUCCAUCAACGCCAUCAUCGACCUGGGCGUUUACGGAGAGGACGGCUACACGAUUCAGAAUGACCAGUCGAAGCGCGAUUUGAUUCCCAACAUCCCUCCUUCGCUUAACCACACGACCAUCAAGCGCCUUGCCGACACUGCCGACGAUUACGAAUUCAUCAUCCAUCCGGGCGAUCUUGCUUAUGCUGAUGACUGGAUUCUGCGCGGAAAGAAUCUCUUUGACAGCAAGAAUGCGUUCCAAGCCAUUCUCGAGCAGUUCUACGGGCAGCUCGCCCCCAUCUCUUCCCGCAAGCCCUACAUUGUGAGCCCUGGCAACCACGAGGCCGCGUGCCAGGAAAUCCCCCACCUCACCUGGACUUGCCCAGGCGGCCAGAAGAACUUUACCGACUUCAUGACGCGAUUCAAGAGCAACAUGCCCAGCGCAUUUGCUUCCACCUCCAAGGCCGACAAGGCCAAGGUCAGCGCGAACAAGGCCCAGCAGCUGGCCAAUCCCCCCUUUUGGUUCUCAUUCGAGUACGGCAUGGCGCACAUUGUCAUGAUCAACACGGAGACCGAUUUCCCUUCGGCGCCGGACAGCUCCGAUGGGUCUGCCGGUCUCAACAGCGGUCCCUUUGGCGGCCCCCAGCAGCAGCUGGACUUUCUCGAGGCUGAUCUGGCGUCUGUGGAUCGUACCGUGACCCCGUGGGUUAUUGUCGCUGGUCACCGGCCGUGGUAUACGACAGGUGAUGGCCCUUGCACACCGUGCCAAGAGGCCUUUGAGCCGCUUUUCUACAAGUACGGUGUUGACCUGGGCGUUUUCGGCCACGUACAUAACUCGCAACGUUUCUAUCCUGUCUACAACGGCACCCAGGAUGCCGCUGGCAUGAAGAACCCCAAGGCGCCCAUGUACAUUGUGUCGGGCGGCACGGGUAACAUUGAGGGGCUCAGCGCGGUCGGCGCCAAGCCCAGCUAUACCGCGUUUGCGUACGCUGACGACUUCAGCUAUGCAACGAUCCGCUUCCAGGAUGCGCAAAAUCUCAAGGUCGACUUUUACCGCUCGUCGACGGGCCAGCUGCUGGAUAGUUCGACGCUGUUCAAGGCGCACAAGGACCAGUUUGUGGUGCAAGAGUACAAGUAG